AUGGCAAAUAUGAUAGGUCAGAUGCCACUGCCACGACUUUCGAAGUCGAACUAUGAAAACUGGAGCAUCCAGAUGAAGACGCUGUUAGGAUCGUUAGAUGUAUGGGAAGUGACUAACAAUGGGUUUGAAGAACCAUCAAAUACGACGGCAUACACAGCUGCUCAGAACAAGGCGUUGAAAGAAACGCGAGCAAUGGAAAAAACAGCAUUGUACAUGCUGUUCAGAGCAGUUUAUGAAUCAGCCCUCGAAAAGAUUGCUGGUUCGACUACACCGAAGGAGGCGUGGGACACACUUGAAAAGGCUUUUAGAGGAGCUGAUAGAGUCAAGGAAGUUCGCUUGCAAACUCUUUGA